AUGGCGUUGCGCAUGUUUGUGCUUGAGCAAGUGGACGUUGCCAUCUUAGAAGUCGGAUUGGGCGGGCGCUUGGACGCCACGAACGUGAUUGAAAAGCCCGUCGUGUGCGGCAUCGCGGCGCUGGACUACGACCACACUCGCAUCCUCGGGGGUACAUUGACCAAGAUCGCCCGCGAGAAAGCUGGUAUCAUCAAGGCCGGCGUGCCAGUGUUUACAAUCACACAGGCGUCAGAGGCUGCAGAAGUACUCGUAGCUUGUGCAGCAACGGAGCAAAGCCCUUUGACAGUCGUGCCUUCGUUGGACACAUGUUACUACGACCUCAUUCCUGACGUCUUGGCCAUGGCCCUGAGUAUGCAUGGCCAGUACCAGCAGGUCAACGCAGGCUUGGCUGUGGCGCUGGCUUCCACGUGGCUGGCUGCUAAAGCAGACACACCGAUGCCUCCACUGCCCGACGCCAUCACGCCGACCGUGCUAAAGGGGCUCCAAGGUACAACGUGGAUAGGUCGAGCUCAGCGCGUGGUGGACCCGCAAUCUGGCGCGAUUUUCCACCUCGACGGCGUGCACACGCCGUUGAGCGUUGCGUGUUGUGUGACUUGGUUUAAAAGCAGCGUCGCAGACGACCUUUCGCCUCCGACCACGCUCUUCUUCAAUUGCCACCACGAGCGAGACAUUGUGGUGCUGUUCCAGCCCUUGGUAGGCACUCGCUUCGAUCGCGUUGUGUUUUGUGCCACGGGAACUGGCCGCGCCAGCAUAUGCUGGGACGUUCCUCUGCAGGUGGCAGCAGCAUAG